GGUCGGCGCUCCCUCUACAUAAAGCAGACACCACCAGCAGCACCCAGUCCGCCUGGAGACUGGACUCUGCGCGCCUUUCCCCUGUCAGCGCAUUUUGGGGACCUCUAGUUCCGUGGGCCGCUGGAACCUGGACACCAUGGACGCUACUUGUACCCUCGGGCUGUUGUUUCUGCCGUUCCUCUUGCUGGGAACAGCGCCUGGCGAUGCUGCUCAGGAGACUCUAGGAAACAACGCGGAGAUCUGCCUCCUGCCCCCGGAGGUGGGGCCCUGCCGCGCCCUGGUCCCCAGUUUUUACUACAGCAGGUACACUCAGACCUGCCGCCAGUUCAUGUAUGGGGGCUGCGAGGGUAACGCCAACAACUUCGAAACUAAGGAGGCCUGCGAGGAAGCCUGCUGGAAGAUAGAGAAAGUCCCCAAAAUUUGCCGCUUGGACGUCAGUGACGGGCAGUGUGAGCAGCCCCGAGGAGACUACUUCUUCAACCUGAGCUCCAUGGCGUGUGAAAAAUUCGUGUCUGGCGGGUGUCACCGCAGUGGGAACCAGUUCCCAGAUGAAGCUACUUGCAGGGACUUCUGUACUCCAAGGAAACGGCCCUCAUAUUGCUACAGUCCAAAAGAUGAGGGACUCUGCUCUGCGAAUGUGACGCGCUAUUAUUUUAAUCCAAGACACAGAGACUGUGAGGCCUUCACAUACACGGGCUGUGGAGGGAAUAACAAUAACUUUAUCAACAUGAAGGACUGCAAACGUGUCUGUGUGAAAGCUUUAGGGAAGAGAAUAAAUAAGAAGAUACCAAAGCUUUUCUUUGCUGAUAGAAGAUUGAAACUUCAGAAGAAGCAAUUAUAACCUUUUGUGUGUGUGUGUGUGCGUGUCAUCCUGUGAAUGCUAUUAUUGCCUUACGAUUACCUCAAGAAUGAUGUGGUAGUAUGAGUAAAUAAAUCAUUAGUGAUUUAUUCAGCAGCUUUUACUGAUCAAAGUUUCUUUUUAAAAAUUUUAUACAGAAGUAGCUGCCACUCAAAUGUGAAUCUGUUAUUUUUCACUUACCAUUUAACUAUUUUUAUGAAGUUGAAUUCCUGUUCUGCAUAAGAUAAAGAAAUCAAAUAUGACUCACCCAGUUCUUGGGGUUGUUCUGAUUUUAGAUGGAGAUAGUAACUGAAAAACAUAAUAUAAUCAUGUUCUGUUGACACAUAUGAUCAUAAAAAGGACCAGCAAAUACAGUUUGUUUUGCAUUUAAAAGAUGGAUUAUAUUUUAGGCCCAAGGUGACAAACUUGCAGAUUAACUGAUGGUUCAAAAUAUAUUGUAAGUGCUAUUAUGUGGACAUCGCUAACUUACUUCUAUUUCUGUUGUGUCAUUUAGAAGAUAAUAAAAUAAAAUUUUGACUGAA